GCCCUUCCGGAAGUCCCCGACGACUCUGUCAGUUUCAUUUCUCAGGGUCCGCUACAGACGCGGGAGUUUGGAUGUGCGUUCACGAUGGCAGCACCUCAGCUUUCUGUCUCCGCUGAUCGGUACUCCUGCUCGGUGUGCCUGGAGGUCUUGAAGGAGCCCGUCACCAUCCCGUGUGGACACAGCUACUGUAUGCGUUGCAUUAAUAACUACUGGGACCAGUCGAAGAGAGAGGGCACCUAUAACUGUCCUCAGUGCAGAAGAACAUUUAACGUGAGACCAGAGAUUAACAGAAACACCGUAUUAACAGAAAUAAUGGAGACACUGAAGGAAGAGCGAGUAGAUGCAAGUCCAUCUCAGAGCUACGCCGGACCGGACGAUGUCCCCUGUGAUGUGUGUCCAGUUAGAAGACGGAGCGCCGUGAAGACCUGCAUGACCUGCAUGAUCUCCUACUGUGAGACUCACCUGCAGCCGCACAAGGAGCAUGGCGCCUACAAACGACACAAACUGGAGGAGCCGACUGGAAACAUCGAAGAGAAACUCUGCGCAAAACACCAGAAACUUCUGGAAAUCUUCUGUAGGACCGACGGGACCUGCGUCUGCUUACUGUGCGUGGUCACCGAUCACAAAAGUCACGACACGGUGACACCUGAAGAGGAAAGAGCAGAGAAACAGAGUCUGUUGAAAAAGAGAGAGGAUGAAAUGAAAAGGAAAGUUAAAGUGAAGGAGAAGACACUGAAGAAGAUGAAGAAGGCCAGAAUGAGGAUUCAGAGCUCUGCAGAGAUAGAAGUGGAGGAACACGAGGAGACCUUCAAGUCUGUGCUUGAGUCCAUUGAGAGACUGAAAUCAGAUGUCGUUGAGAUGAUUAGAGAAUACGAGAGGAUGGAAUUGAGAAAGACGGACAAGAUCAUCGAGGAAGUGGGGAUGGAAAUCAAGGAGAUGAAGAAAAGAACCAUAGAGCUGGCCGAGCUUUUACAGACGGGCGACCACAUCCACUUUCUGAAGAAGUUCCCAUCUUUCUGUGAUCCUCCUGCAAAGGGAGACGUGCCUAGUCUAACUCUUCAUGAGGAUUUUCUUCCUGAGACUCUCCAGACGAACCUGUCUGAUCUGAAGAAGAGUCUGGAGGAGAUCACUGACUGGAAGGUUGUGAGGAGCAGUGGGGCCGGAGCUGGUGAUUCAGGGCCCGUCCUGCAGAAUCUGAGGUGUCGAAGUCACCUUUUAAAAUACUUCCGUGCACUGACCCUGGACCCCAUCACGGCACACAGACGCCUCUGCCUGUCUGAAGGGAACAGGAAGGUGACAUGUCAAGAGACUGAAGGUUCGUGUUCUGAUCACCCCAACAGAUUUGACUACUGGGAGCAAAUCCUGUGCAGAGAGGCGCUGAGUGGGACUUGCUACUACUGGGAGGUCGAGUGCAAUGGUGAUGAGAUUGACAUCGGAGUUGCAUACAAAGGAAUUGGCAGAAAAGGAAAUGAUGAAGAUGGUCACCUAGGAUUCAACGACAAGUCCUGGAGUUUGUACUACUCUGAUUCCGGUUAUACAUUCUGGCAUGAUGGCAUGGAAACUGACAUCACUGCCCCCUACAGUCAAAAAAUAGGUGUGUAUCUUGAUUGUCCUACUGGCUGUUUAUCAUUUUUCGGCAUCUCAGACACAGUGACCCUCCUGUAUAAGCUCAAGACCAUCUUCACUGAGCCACUGUAUCCAGCGUUUGGGUUAGGAUGGCACUCCAGUGUGACAAUCUGCCCCCUGAAGCAACUUAACAAGUGACUGGCGUCAUGUAUAGGCCACUUUGUCUCCUGUCACACAGUUCAUCUUGUUAUUUUGGAUUGAAGAGGAAAACUACGUGAAGUGGGCUGAAGGUCGUUCAUCAUUUCUUUCUCGAAUUUUUACACACAUACACACACACACACACACAUAUCUGCUGGCUGACCUGCCAUUCCUUCUCCCACAGUGACCCUGGACAGCAGAAUACUGUAGAGUCUCCAACCAUCACUGUGAUCACCAUCAAGAAAACAAUGAGGAGAGAUGACUGUGAGCUGAUGUUCAUAUCACUAUGAAACUCCUUCGACCACACUUCAUGUUCAGUACUCUGAAUGGCCACAGAGUGGCACUGUCUUAAUGGUUUACAUUUAAAACUUGUCCUCAAGUAGAACAGCACGGUCAACCAAAAGGACCGGAGAGUUGAGUCGAGUCCCUGCCACCUACAAUAUGAAAUCUUCAUUUGGCUUAUAAAUAUCAAAUAACGUAGGAGACAUGAGAAAUCCAAGCUGACCACUCAACUCUUCUUAAUCUUGUUUAUUUCAUUUCAUCCCAGUCCAUCUGCACAGUGAUGAUCACAGUUGCUAUGCCCAUGUUCUCCCAAUGUCUGUGGAGUUUUCUCCAAGUUCUGCAGUUCCCUCCCAGCUCCCAAAUUCUUGUGUUUUGGGUGAAUUGGCAAUUCAAAGCUGGCACUUUAUGGUGUAUAUGUAUAUAUUGGUCUGCUCAAUGGUGGACUUCCAUUCUGACCCUAUGUCGGUUCCUGCCACCAAAUCAGUCUGAGUCCCCACACCAAACCUGUACUUUGUCUGAGGAACUGAGACUUUCUGUUCACUAACGCAUUUCUCAUUUUGCUCCCUCAUCUUGGCUGACAUGAUGAUGGUGUUGAUGGUCUUUACCUUGGUAGUUCAGCAUAGUGACCUCACUAGGUGAAUGGGUCAACUACAUCCCCUGACCAUAAUGGGUAGAAGGAAAUUCCUCAUCACAACUCUGACAGAGGGGACCUAACCCAAAGUGAUCAGAAACAUUUAUAAAAAUAAAGGAUUAGAUAAACAAGUCUGAAGUGAAGUUCAGUGAAUGACCGAUGGAGUCUUCAAGAAGUUGAACAGACAUCAUGGAGGAGACAAGAGCAUCAAUCAAAUUGUAUAUAGUCUUACAGUGCCUUUUAGUGCAACUUGAUGAAGCAAAGGAAAAAUAAGAAGAACUGAAGAAAGAAAAGAAGCAAAAGAAAAUGAGGAGUCACAGCAUAAAAAGAGGAAGAUGUCCACUACGGAGAGCUCUGCAGUCAAAUUGAAACUGACACAGUGACAGACAGGGGGCGCCACACACUGUAAAUUGAGAGGAGCCUACAAACCCAGGUGAGCUCAAAAGGGUGAAGAGAAUACAGAGCUGUGGAGGGGAUGGUGGACAUUUAAAGGAUCUUCAUUUAGUGUCCAGUCAGGAACAAGAGCAGCGGGAAUGAAGAGCUGAAUGCAUCAAACUGGCGGACUUCACAAAGGUCUUAGUAUAGAAAUGUGAGUUUGAAGAACAAUGUCCAGGAUUUUGAAACACGAAAAAGGGUGUUAUAAUGUGUGUAAUAAAGGCUCACUUGUUACAAGGA